AUGUUAAAACGUGAACAUUUUAGUAGACCACACUUAUUUUACUGGGAAAGUGGUGAUUUAAAUUUAAGUAACUUACUGCCUGGGCCAAAGGGUCCCAGUCCGACUUUGUUGGAAUCCCACAUACAAUUGUUUAUUUGUGUUUGUAUCUUUGUGUAUUUAGUUCCUUCGGAGGGGACUUUAAGCCCAUGGUUCGUAUUCACCCCUAACCCGCACAAGCCAUUUAAUUGGCUUCUAAGGAAGGGUGAAACUAAAAGAUUGAGUAAACGCCUGGUGCUUCAAGAGCAGAGGACGUCCUCUGCUCUUGAAGCACCAGGCUUUUACUCAACUUUGCCCACCCCUAAAGCCUAUAAUGAAUAUACAGAAGUCGCGCACCACCUUGAAGAUGGAAUUGAUGGAAAACAGGCGCGUAGAACAGGAACAAGUGGACCUCUCGGAGAACUGUUCGAUCAUGGGUUGGACUCGUACACGGCCGGACUUAUUCCGAUAUCCAUGUACUCAAUUUUUGGGAGAGGAGCUCGUUUUAGCAUACCACCAUUCCGGAUGUUUUUCACCAUGUGGAACGUGUUGGUUAACUUUUACCUCUCACAUUUUGAGAAAUACAACACAGGUGUCCUGUUCUUGCCAUGGGGAUACGAUUUUUCCAUGUGGGGCAUUAUUCUAAUUUUCUUUGUGGCUGGAAUUGGCGGAUCUGAAUCCCUACAAUUUAAUUUUGGAGGAAUAACGACUGGUAUGGUUGUUGAACUGCUCCUAUACAUUUCUGCAUUAAUAUCAAAUCUACCCAUUGUUGCCUACAAUAUAUACAAAUCCUAUAAAUAUAAAACCGGACACAUGCGUUCGUUUUCAGAAGCAAAAAAUGGAGACUUUUUUGGAUCGGAAGAUAUUAAAUAUUUUCGAGCGCGUGACCGGUACAAGCCGUAA